AAGAAGGGGAAAAAUAACUUAAACAUUAGCUAACAUUGUCUUAAACUGCGAAGAAAAAAUUAUUUUUUGACUGCCGGACGCGAGACCACGCAAUGUCCUUGGGACUGGGUACUACUACUCCCUAUUCCUCCUCCACCAAGUCAUAAAUAAAGUUCAUUCACUGCGGUUCUUUAUUUGGCGGCGGUAUACAAAGGGAAAGGGGAAUCUCUCUGAACUUUACACUUCUUUCCCAAAAUUUUAUUGCUGCGCAAAUGUCGAAUCCGGAAAUAACGUCAAAGAAGAGAAAAGAGCUCGAGAACGGCGACGAAGAAAAUUCAAAGAAAUCAAAGAUCGAAUGUUCAGACACACAGCCCGAUUCACCGCCAGGUCAAGAUCACAUAGAGCAAAACCACUUAACAGACGAAACCUUAGCCGACAAAAAUUCUGAAGAGGCCAAAGAAGUCGACAAAGUCCAGUCUGCUGCAUUACUGAAUACCUGUGGUAAGCUUCUUAUUAGUGGUGGAACCAACUGGGACUUGAUUGGACGAAAGGAGACCCCAAAAUCGGCAGCCAAUGUCGGAGGUCCAAACUUGUGGGAACCACAUAGCAUUUCCUCACUAAACAGCAUCAGAGUGCAGCAUGUAGCAUCAGGACCAAGUGCUUGUCACAGCAUCAUCAUCUGUGACGAUGGAACUGCCAUGAGCUUCGGACGCAAUGAUUGCGGUCAGCUUGGCCAUGGAGAUCUGGUGCGCUGUGACAAACCCAAGAUUAUUGAGAGUCUGAAGCAUUAUACUGUUGCUCAAGCUAGUUGUGGAAAAGGGCACACUCUGUUGCUUACAGCUGAAGGUAUCCUAUUUGGCUUUGGAGGAAACAAAAUGGCUCAGUUAGGACAAGGACACCAAAAACCUGUGGUGGCAAAACCAGUACAGGUAGUACAUGUAGUUUAUUGAUGACUUUUUUGUAUUAUAUUUUAUCUGCUAAGGUGCCUGUCGAGGCACUGAGCAAGCUUAAAAGGGAUUCAGAUUGGAAUAUUUAAAGCAGAACUAGGAAAUUCAGAAACAAGAUGCUGUAGCAGGCUAGCAGUUAUCGCGACAACUUAGGGGAGCAGGAUGUGACCCGUCGGCCCUGCCCUUGUUUCUGGGUAGGAUAUCUUUAGCACAAGGUUUUAAAGAUUCGCCAUGAGGCAGGUGGGCAUACAAAAGAACACUAACCCACCACCUAACCAUCCCCCUAAAAAAUUGGUAACCCAUUCCCUAGAACUCCAAUACAAAUAACAAUGAAAACCAAAAAAAAAAAAAA